AUGGCCACGGAAGGACCUCGCCCUGGCUUCCUGGGGAACAUCAAUGAAGACCAGGAGGUCAAGCUCCAGAAGAUAUGGGCCAUUCUGCUGAAAGCGGCCGAGCUGCCCUCUGACGAGGACGCCAAUGGAUGUGUUGAGGAACAUCCAGCAAGUCCCACGCCAUCCGCACCUCCGCGACGAAUGUCACUGCUGAGCCGCACCCCAACCGCGCAAAGCACCGCCUCCGACAAGACCGCCCCCACCCUCACAAGGCCCUACCAGCAGAAGUUCAUGGCCUAUCUCAAGGAAUUCGGCAUUGGACCCAAUGAGACCAAGAUGGUCCAGAAGUCCUUGUCGGAGAUCAGCCCCGCCGAGCUGCGGAAGGGUGUCCUAGAACUUCUGAAGCACGAUCACCCGGAUGCCUUGAUGCUGCGAUUCCUUCGUGCGCGUAAGUGGGACGUCUGCAAGGCAUUCGCGAUGAUGAUGGAGGCCAUUGUCUGGCGAGUCAAGGAGAUGCACGUGGACGAUGAUGUAAUGGCAAAGGGUGAGCUCUAUGCGUUGAAACAGGAGAAGGGCUCUGAGGCCGGUCAGAAGAAAGAAGGAAAGGAUCUUCUUGAUCAAAUGCGCAUGGGCAAGAGUUAUGUGCAUGGCACUGACAAGUUGGGCCGCCCAAUUGUCGUCAUCCAAGUUCGCUUGCACAAGCCUGGUGCUCAGAGUGAAGAGACCUUGGAGCGGUAUAUUGUCCAUGUCAUUGAGUCUGUCCGACUUACCAUGCAUGGUGGGGUUGAAAAUGCUUGUGUUCUGUUUGAUAUGACAGGCUUCGGUCUUUCCAACAUGGAAUACCCGCCAGUGAAGUUUAUUUUGAAGUGUUUUGAGGCCAACUACCCGGAGUCACUAGGAAUUAUGCUUAUUCACAAUGCCCCCUGGAUUUUCUCUGGUAUCUGGAAGCUCAUUCGAGGCUGGAUGGACCCUGAUAUUGCCGCCAAGGUGCAGUUCACCAGCUCCGCCGCCGACCUGACCAAAUUUAUCGACCGCAGCAAGCUGCCCAAGGGCGUCGGUGGUGAUGAGAAUUGGGAGUACAAAUACAUCGAGCCCAAGGAGGGCGAGAACGCCCGAAUGGAAGACACCACCACCCGUGAUGCCCUUCUACGGGAACGCCAGCAAAUCGGCGAGGAGUUCCUCACUGCCACUGCGGAAUGGAACGAAGCGGCCAAGGCCAAGGAUAAGACCAAGGUCCAGACCGCAGCCAGCCAAAGAACCUUCCUGGCAGAGCGGUUGCGGGUCAACCACUGGAAGACGGACCCCUACAUUCGAGCUCGUCUUUACCUGGAUCGGGCAGGAGUGAUCCAGGAAGGAGGCAAGGUGGAUUUCUAUCCCACGGAAGCGGCAACAAACGGAACGAGUAAGGCGUCGGCAGUCGAACAUUUGGAGAAAGUCAAUGGUAACGGUAUUCCAACUACAGUUUCAGCAUAA